AUGGUUAAAGCCAGCCCAGCCCAGAUCAGUAACUCCGAGCCUUCUCCCCAGGUUGACUGUUCCAGGAUGCUGCAGCCACUAGAAAUUCACCUCAGAUGCCUGAGGGGAGUCAAAGAUAAGGUCCCCAAAGGCCUCUAUACUCUCAAAGUUUCUGUCCUCAGCCGCUUAGGAGGUGCCUUGGUGGAGCUGGAGGAGCAGCCUCAGGCCAGGACGACGCGGGCUGUUAGUCACGGUGGAAACUUCUACAACACUGAAAUCUGCUUUGGACAAAGCAUCCAGACAGUUCUACCACAUAGAAAAGCUGUGAAACCAGGCAUGGUACUCCUCUUUGAACUCUUCCUUCUUCGUGGCACCUAUACCUGGAUUGAUCAAGAAGUGGGAUGGGGAGCUUUUCCCUUAUGUGAUAACAAUUUUAAUGUUUUGGAGGGAAAAUUUAAAUGUCCCUUCCUUAGAGGCCAUUAUGACUCCAAAAUUGACCGAUUCAAAAAAAUUGAAAAUUUUAUUUCUCAGGACUUGGAUCAUUGGUUAUGCAAUCUCUACUUCCAGGUAAUUAAACUACCACAGGAUUCAGAUAAGCCAAAUAAGUGUGGUGUGCAUGUUCAUCUGCCACCUGAACUUCCCAUGUAUUCAAGCACUGCAGAAAAGAAUGGUGUCUCAGAAAAGGUUGUACAGUCUGGACCACAAGGGCAACCUCUGACCUCCCUGAAAGAUCCUGACACCCAAAAGGGAAGUAUUCCCACUGUUGUAAAGGAAGUGGGAAAGCAGUUUAAUGCCGCGAAAGGAGGAGAAGCGUGUGCGUCAGAAGGAGCUGUGAGGAAAAGAGAAGAGCUUAAAAUGCUUCCAGCAGAGGAUUACCAAGAUUGCCAUGGCAAUGCAGACAAGCACUGUGGCUCGUUUUGUCUGAAGGAAGUCCAAGGAGGACAUCACAAGGUCAGCUGGAAUAACCCACCUGACCAAUGUUAUGAAGAAAAAUCAGGUCCCAAGAACAAUGCAAGCCAAGAAGAAGGGAAAACAUCUGCAGAGAGCAAUUUUUAUUUGGAAGACUUGGAGAAAUAUACCUUUUCUGUGUGCUGCCGUUCUGCUGCUGAUGGGAAGCUGUCCAGGCAGGUUGUCCAGCGUUUCCAUUUCGUGGUGUACACGGCCUUUUCAGAGCUGGGAGCCGCGCGCUGGCGCUCCAGGGAUUUCUGGCUGCUCGCACUGCUGGUCGUUUUGCUUUGGUUCCUGAGACUUUACCUGCAUUAUUUGAGCCAGUGGCUCUUUCUUCAGACCAUCUCAGUUCCUGUUGAAAAAUUCCAGCUCUUCCCUCACACUGUGGAGCUGUGCUACCAGAACUCCUUGCUGCACACCAGUGAAGAGCUGGCCAUGGUUGUGGUGGGACCCCUAACCUUGAACGCAGGGCUGCUUCUCAUGGUCCUGAUCAGAUGGGGCUGUCAGCAGCUGUUUGACUCAUUCCCUUCCUUCUUGUCAAAGUUUAUCAUAGCUAUGGGACUAUGGACAGUGCUAGACCCCUUGGCAGUGUUUGUAGUGGAUUCGUUCCUGGGGCGAUUUGGGAACAGUGUAGAGAAACCCAUUGCUGAUGCUGCAAAACUCUCCUGGGUGUUUCUAAGAGCAGGGGAGUCGGGAGUUCCUGGUGCCUUAAUCACCGUGAUGCUUUACACCAUCCUGUUCAUGAUCUCAUCAACAGUGCUUUACCUGUAUUUUUUAAGGCUCCACAGCGAAGGUUGGCUGUUGGAUGUACUUCGACGUAUUCAUGGUGAGGAAGGCACAUUCUUUGUUCCACUGGACUUGGAGAUUUCCAGUCAGGAGCUGAGCUACAUUAUGAAGAGGGCUGAGCAGUGGAGAGGAAUCAAUGGUGAAAGACGGAUGUGGUUUGGAAGGCAGUGUGCAGGGAGAGCCACUGUAGCCCUGCACCUUACAGAAAGGCCCUUGAUUAUUCUGGAAGAAGACAUUUACAACGCCCUUAACGAGGAAAGCUGCAAAGAGAGGAGGCUUCAUGAGCCUCCAGUUUGUGCUGCAGCAAAGCUGCUGGACCACAGGUGGAAGCUGAUGAAGGCAGGUGCUACCACACCUGAGAUUGCUGCAAUUUGUCUCUUCUUAUGGUCCUGGUCCUACUCCAACACUGGAAUUUGGAGCUUGCUUGCACAUAGAGGAUGA